GCAUUGUACUGGAUACUGGGAGGAUCCCCCCCCAUGCCCCCACCGGAGAGGAGCCUUGGCUGUUCCCCUUUGCCAGCAUCAGCACCAGCAGCCGCGGCGGGGAGACCUGGACUGAAGAGCUCCAUCUGCCUGGUUAGUCCUUGCUUUAAGAGAGAAACUUACCAAAGAGCAAGGAGAUCUUGCAGUAUUCCUGGAAGCUGCCUUGGAGGGCAGAGCAGAGAUGGAAAAGGAACACUCGGCUGGCCCUGAAGCAGGAAGGGACCCUCUUGCCAAACAGACUAAGAGCAGUGAGCAACUCUGGGAAAGAACCGUGCAGGAGAUGCUGGGUGAGGAUGCCACCAGCUCAGCUGCAAAGUCCUGCAGCCUCAGACAGUUCUGUUAUCUGGAGACUGAGGGACCCCGAGAACUUUGCAGCCAAAUCCACAGUCUUUGCUGUCAGUGGCUGAAGACAAAAAAGCACUCAAGGGCUCAGAUCCUAGACCAGGUGGUUCUGGAGCCGUUCCUGACCAUGCUUCCCUCGGAGAUGGAGAGCUGGGUCAGAGAAUGUGGAGCAGAGACCAGUUCCCAGGCAGUGGCCCUGGCAGAAGGUUUCCUCCUGAGCCAAGCAGAGGACAGGAAGCAGGAAGAGCGGCAGGGCCAGAAGCCACCCAAAGUAGAAACUGAUUUCUCGGUGGCAGAGAUGGCUUCUUUGGACCAUGGAGAGAGGAGACCAUUCAGGUGGAUCGUGCAAGCAAGUGAAGGAGGUGCCACCGAGCUGGGUGAUGAAGUCGCACUGGUUAUUCCAUCCAGGCCUUCUCCUCUAUCUGGGAGAGCAGAAACAGCCUCUGUGCAACUGGACCAGGGUCCAGUGACCUUUGAGGAUGUGGCUGUGUGUUUCAGGAAGGAGGAGUGGGCUCUGCUGAAUCCAGACCAACGGGCUCUGCAUUCAGAAGUCAUGGAGGAGAUCUGUGGGCAUCUGGCAUCUCUGGGUGAUGUAGGGGUGAGUGAGAAAAAGGAUGAAUUGUGGAGGAGGAAAAAGGAAGGAAAAUAUAUCUGGGAGAAGAAAGCUGCUGCUUCUGAAUGCAAUGAUGUCCCUGAAAUUCCAGUACAAACAAAGGACUGCAAUGGAAAUGGAAAGAAUAAAAACCUUGAACGUGUAAAACUCAUGAACGCAAGCCCUCAUACACAUCAAAUAAUUAAUACAGAUAAGAAAAAAUAUGAAUGCUCAGAAUACAGAAAGAAAUUCAGCCGCAGGCAAUAUCGUACUUGCCAUCAAAGAAUCCAAACAGGAGAAAAACAAUAUCAAUGCUCAGAGUGUGGGAAGAGCUUCCGUUGGAGAAGCGACCUUAUUAAACAUCAAAGAAUCCACACAGGGGAGAAGCCAUAUCAGUGCUUGGUGUGUGGAAGGAGCUUCAAUCAGAAGUCUACCCUUACCUCCCAUGAAAGCAUCCACACAAGGGAGAAACCAUAUCAGUGUUUAGAAUGUGGAAAGAACUACAGCUACAUCUCACAGCUUACUUGUCAUCAAAGAAUCCACACAGGGGAGAAGCCAUAUCAAUGCUCAGAAUGUGGCAAGAGCUUCCGUUGGAGAAGGGACCUUUUUAAUCAUCAAAGAAUCCACACAGGGGAACAACCAUAUCAAUGUUCAGUGUGUGGAAAGAGCUUCACUUACAACUCAAAACUUACUCGCCAUCACAGAAUCCACACAGGAGAGAAACCAUAUCAAUGUUCUGUUUGUGGAAAGAGCUUCAGCGACAACCCAAAACUUACUCGUCAUCAAAGAGUCCACACAGGAGAGAAACCAUAUCAAUGUUCAGUGUGUGGAAAGAGCUUCCGCUACAGCUCACAAAUUAAUUCCCAUCAUUGUAUCACCACAGGACCCAGGGAGAAACCAUAUCAAUGCUCAGAAUGCGGAAAGAGCUUUCGUUUGAGAAUGCAACUUAUUUAUCAUCAAAGAAUCCACACAGGGGAGAAACCAUACCAAUGUUCAGUGUGUGGAAAGAGCUUCAGCCGCAACUCAAAUCUUACUCGUCAUCUCACAAUCCACACAGGAGAGAAACCAUAUCAGUGCUUCACAUGUGGAAAGAGCUUCAGCUGCAAAUCCCAGCUUACUUGUCAUCAAAUAAUCCACACAGGGGAGAAAUGAUAUUGUUGCUCAGAAUGUGGAAAGAACUUCAGGUACAGCUCACAACUUAUUUGCCUUCCAAUAAUCCACACAUGGGAGAAAGCAUUGAAUGCUCAGUAUGUAGCUUCAACUGUGCCUCAGAGAUAAAGAAACAUCAAGAAUUCCAGACAUAGAAGAGAAACUACCAAUGCUCAUAAUGUUGAAAGAACUUGAACAAGAUAAGAACAUAAGAAUAGCCCUGCUGGAUCAGGCCCAAAGCCCAUCUAGUUCAGCAUCCUGUUUCACACAGUGGUCCACCAGAUGCCACUGGAAUCCACAGGCAGGAGUUGAGGGCAUGCCUUCUCUCCUGCUGUUACUCCCCUGCAACUGGUACUUCAUGGAGGAUUAGUGUGAGCAGAAAACUGAAUUUAGUAAACAACAAAAAAAUGCUUUAAGAUUAGAGUUAGGAGGCUUGAAAUGCUGGUUUGUGCUUUAAAAAUUAUUCAGGUUGCCUGUUAAGGUGCCCAUCUUCACUUAGGUACCAUUUAGCCUGUAAAAACGUGGAACAGUGUAUAUUAUUUUGACUUUAGAGAUGAGGCAUACUUUCCCUUGGUCAUUCAGCUUGUGCUUGGGCUGAAGUGGAUCGGCCUAGGAAGAAAUCUCAUAGGUUUCGUUUCCCGCAUGACUUGCUAGAGAUACCCUAAUGAAUUUGUCCCUGAUGCUUCAGUUCCUGUCCAUCCACAGAUGUUCAUCUAUGGUCACCUUAGACAGUUACACCUGAUGGAUUUUGUGUGAUGCAUCUUUUGAGAGUAUCUUUUUUGCCAACACUUCCCCUCCCCUUAAGGGUUGUAGAAUCAGUUUUUCAGUUGGAAAUUACACUGUUUGUGAAUUAUUCUUGCUCCUUUAUUUGGCUGAACUCUGAAUGAAGUGGGAGCUGCCCAGUGUCUUCUCCUGUGCUUCCAUCUUUUCCCCCCAGAGAUGCCACCUCAGUUUGCUUUGUUUCUGAGUAUCUCUUAUUGCUGUAUCAAAUGUCUGUGGUGAGCCUGCCAGCACUCAUGGAGUUAACUGAAAACAGGCACCAGCUGACCUUGAUUUACAGCCUGGAGACACUAGCUCCUAACCAAUCAGUCAACCAGGUGGGUGGGACAUGAGGGCUCCUGGGGCUGCUGGAAGGAAGAGUGUGCCAAGGGAGAGAAAUAUGGAGGAUGACCGUGUUCUCUCUCUAGGUGAGUCCUGCAGAUUCUUGUGAGACGGAAUUGCAGGGGUUUGAUCUCACCAGGGUUUUGAUGAGCCUCAAGGGGGGGAAUGAAGUCAAGGUUUUGUGGCGUUGGAAGUUAGUGCAGGAGAAAGUAUUUCUAGUAAGAUUGUGUUAGAAGUUAUUUUACUUUCUGUGUGUUGCUUUGCAUUUCCUAAAUACCUGUUCCUUACAGCUGAAUAACUAAGAUUAGUUACAUGCCGCCUACAAAAAGAUCUGGGCAUUUGGAAUACUUUUGUAACCAAGCUUAGCGUGUUCUAAGAGCAACCAAAAAGCUAAAGUUUCAGACCAAAUAGACUGCAGCAACUGAAAAAACUGUUUCUCUCUUGCUCUUUUUUCAAACCCUCCUGGAGUGUUUGAUUAACUCUCAAGCGGAGUGGGGGUAGUGAAGAAGAAGCUUCUAGUGCAAAACCUCUUCAACAGGGCUGCUCAGCCCAGCUACCCAUAACUCUCACCACGUACGGGCAUACCCAGGGUGGGGGAGAGUGGUUUUUUGUAAUACUUUUGCCUAUUAGCAAAGUGAAAUGGGGAUUUUUGAUCACUGCUGUUCUCGUUAAGAAAAAUUAAUGUGUGAUCUAGUGGCAGCAAAUAAACUACCAGAGCCUU